UUCAUCUGCUGCUGCCUCACCUUGUCCGGGGUUUGUUGAGGCUGCAAGACGCAGAAGUUUACAAGGAAAAAGAAAAAAAAAUGAGUGAAAUCAAGCCAAACGAUUCAGCUGCAAGCGAGAACAUCGCAGAGGAAACAGAUUGGGCUGCGGCCAAAGCUUUCUUUGACACCCUUAAAACAAACAAACCGAGACCUCCCAAACCCCGGUAUGCUGUCACCGUCGCCGUCUCCUCUCGCACCCUCUUCAACAUGGUGGCAGAGAGGAAGAUCUAUGAGGAAGAAGGAGUGGAGAAGUACGUGGCUUAUCAGGUGGAGCACGAAAACGAGCCUCUGAAACCAGGAGCUGCUUUUCCCUUCGUCAAGGCUCUGAUGAACGUCAACUCUCGACUGAGGCAGCUCUACCCAGACAACGAGGAGCUGUUUGACAUCGUCUUAAUGACUAACAACCAUGCCCAAGUCGGAGUGCGCCUCAUAAACAGCAUUAAUCACUACGAUUUGACCAUAGAGAGGUUCUGUAUGACGGGAGGGAAGAGUCCUGUAGGUUACCUGAAGGCCUACAUGACAAACCUUUACCUCUCCAAGGACUCAGAGAAAGUGACAGAGGCCAUAGAGGAAGGAAUUGCGGCGGCCACAAUGUUUAUGCCGGAAAAAGAGACUGAUUUGAGCGACACUCAGCUGAGAGUGGCGUUCGAUGGCGACGCCGUCCUCUUCUCAGACGAAUCAGAGAUCAUCGUGAAGAAACACGGCCUGGACACUUUCUUUGAGCAUGAGAAGCAGUUUGAGAACAAACCUCUUGCACAGGGACCCUUAAAGUGUUUUCUGGAGGCUCUGGGGAAACUCCAGAGAAAAUUCUACGCCAAGAACGAGCGCAUGAACUGUCCCAUCCGAACCUACCUGGUCACGGCCCGCAGCGCUGCCAGCUCGGGGGCCCGUGUCCUGAAGACCCUCCGCAGCUGGGGCCUGGAGAUCGACGAGGCUCUCUUCUUGGCGGGGGCUCCCAAAGGGCCCCUGUUGCAGAAAAUUAGACCACACAUCUUCUUUGACGACCAGAUGUUCCACAUCGAGGGGGCCAAAGAACUGGGAACCAUAUCUGCACAUGUUCCUUACGGGAUCGGACAGAAGUACCAUAAGGGGAAACUCAUCGAGCAGCCCGCAAAAAAGGAGUAAGCUAAAAACAGUUAAAAUAUUAAAUAUGCACUACGUUUCACCUGCAUAAGAGGAUGUUUGCUCCAGAUUUAAUUAUUGCAUUCAGGAAAAUUAUCUAUUACAAAAAUAACAGCCAGUUUUAGAGGAUCCUGACCAUGAAUUUGUAAUGCAAUCUACAAGGUUUCUUAUGGGGGGUUUUAUAAAAUGUUUUCUGCUAUAUUCCUUUAUGAUACUAUAUUAUUGAGUUACACCAGGUGCCACAGACUAUUUAGACACUUAAUGCUGUUUUGGAAAAGAAACACCAGAUUCAUUACCUCUUGGUGCCUUACAACCAUAUCUGUGUACCCUUGCACCUUUUGACAGGUUUACUGUUAGAGGAAUAACAAUUUCUCUCAUUUACAUUGGUGUUUAUGUUGUUUUCUAUACUUUCAUAUCAUAAACACAUGCUCAUUUUUUAUCUUGGUUUUUGGCUGUAGCUUCUUGGCAUAAUAAUAUAGGGGUGGGAACGUACAAUAUAUCUGCUGUAGUAGUUGUUUUGCUCUGCAUUGGAUCUUUUAUAUAAUUUAAAACCAAGGGACAUUUAUCAGGGUAGAAUCUCUAUGGUUCACUAGGGAAACUGAGGCCUUUGUUAGUCUUUUUGCUGUUGAUGCGCACACACUAUAGAAAACUUCCACCUUUUAUUUCUCCUCAAACUUUCACACUCAUGUUGUGUCAGUUGUUUACGCUUUUAAACUGUAUCUGUACAUCAGGCCGCACACUGUAACUACACUUAGCUAUCAUGUUAUUGUGUUUUUAUAUAUAAGUGACCACGUAAUGUAUAUUUGCAGAUGGCAGUUUGUGUGUUUCAUAUAAUAACACAACUAAUUGUCACCUAGGAGUUACACAGUUACACUUGUUGGUAAAACUUAAUAUCAGCACUGGUAAUAUUUCCCUAUAAGUUGCAUUGACUGUAACUGUAACACAAAAAUACUAUAUUUGCACCUUUUCACUUUUCUAUGCUCUGAUUUUUAUCUUUUGAGCACAGACGAUGUAGUAGAUAAAAUAAAGGAACGUGUAGGAAUCCUGUUUGCUUGUCUUUGUCAGUGGUGGAAGGUAAAUAAGUAAAUGUAAUCAGGUACUGUGCUUUCUUCGUUCCUACAUCUCAGACUGAGCGUUUGAGGGGACCUGAUCCUCAGCUUGGGAAUCACAAGACUAAACUGUUGAACUUUAUAUAAAGUAGUUAAAACUAACAACAUCUUACUUAUGCACUUUUAGGUUUAAGUAGGACUUUGACUUGUAAUUAAGUCUUUUCCUGGUUCUGAAUGCUUUUUCCCACCACUGGUGUUUGUACAUUUCAGCAGUACACAGUGCUGCUUAACUGCAGUUGUCCACCUCAAUGCUUGAACUGAACCUGGAUUGUCCUACAGCCUCUUGUUCUGUG